GGUCUACAACCAGGAAGCAGCUCAAAUAAAUGAAUGUUUUUCUAAAAAAAAAAUAUAAAAAGACGUAGAAGACCAUCUAUAUAUAUAUAGAUCUAGACAUUAGAGUAGUACACUAAGUAGUCAAGUCUAGAUCAGAUCCGUGACAGUCGAGCCUCGAAGAUGGAUUUAUUUUCAACUAUAUUACCUAUGUUGUCAAAUCUUUCUACAAUGCCAGAUGGGUCCGAUGGGAACACUCCAACUCCGAUUAUUAUUGAAUCUGAUGAAGAGUCUGAUGAUGAUAUUGUCUUAGUGAAAGAAGAGAAAAUAGCUCAUGUUACUGACAAAGAUGAUGAUGUCAUAUUUAUAUCAAAAGAGGAACCAAGAAGAAAAGUUUCUAAGGUGAAGUCUAAAGAUCAAUUCAACUCUUCUUGUGGCAAUAAAUCUUCUUUAGUUGUUCCAGUAACUCAACAAAUCCUUUCUUCUCCUUCCAAUGAUGAUGCUCUCAAAGUCUGUGCUGAUCAAGAUGUUUGUGUUGAUGCUGACCAAAGUCCACAAUUAGUCCAAACUGAAGAGCUGUGCACUGUCCUGCCACUGGGAAGUAACUCUUUCAGAUCUCUGCCUAAAAUGAAGAUUGUUAAGAUGGAUACUGAGAGAACUUCACGGAAAUGGAACAUUGUUCAAAACAAUAAGCAUGAUGGUGUUUCUACUUUAGAUGUAACAACUGUGAAUAAAAAUGGCCAUCAAUUAGAUACAAAUGCUAACUGCUAUUGUUCCAUUAAAAAACAAACAUCUCUGGAGUGUGGUGACACACAAAUCCAGUUCUGUUGUCAACAUAGAAUACAAUCAUUACAAAGUCUUAGCCCACUGUCUUUCUUGCCUGGAACUAGCAAAGACUCAGUCCAUCAAGAUUCUGAGUGCACUAGGAGUCUGAAGAAAUGUCUACAAACCAAAGGAAGUCAAUGCGCUGUGAGAAAACAUUCCCAUAAAUACUCUAGCCGAUUGAGUUAUUCCAAUCUCUCUUCUCUAAAUAAAGUGUGGGAUUAUAGAAAAAUUCAUCAUAGGCCCCUUAUGCCAUAUAAAACUUUGGAUAGUUCGUUCAAAACUAGAAAUGUUCACAAAAGUAUUUUUUUGUCAAACAGACCACUUGUCAUUCAUCUGGCCAAGAAAAUUAAGCAUCAGUAUAUUGUGAGAAAAAAACUUAAUGCUUCGCAACACAAAUCAAAAUAUAUGCAAAUUGAGAAUGCUUUGAAUAUUAAAUGGCCAGAAGACGAGAAGCUGGCCAAGUGGAGAGUGGUUGCUCCAAGUACUUCAGAACGAGUCAGACUAAAGCUGAUUAAAGUGGCACCAUCUCUGUCCAGUCAUCUGAGAACACAAGACAUGGCCCAGCAGGAUGUCCAGAGGGGGAAACAGAAAGAUGUCUUCAAACAGAAAGAAGAUUUCUUGGAAGUACAAGAACAGGAAGACAAAGAAGAGAACAAAACAUUACAUUUAGUUUCCAACUGCAUGAAAAACAAAAUGAUGUCACCUGCAGAGAAUGGGAGGUCACCUGGGAAGAAAGGGAGGUCACCUACAGAGAAUGGGAGGUCACCUGGGAAGAAAGGGAGGUCACCUAUAAAGAAAGGGAUGUUGCCUUUAAAAAAUGAGCUAUUGGCUGUAAAGAAAGAGGUGCUAUGUUCUCAGUGUACAAUUCUUCACACAAACUUUUCCAAAUGUGAGAAUGGACAUUUUGUUUGUGGCACUUGUUUAGAGAUUCAGGUGAAGCAGAUUCUUUCAGGCACUACUAAGCACCAACAAGUAAAAUGCCCAGCUCGCACUUGUAAUAUAGUUUUGUCCUAUGAUGAAUUAAAACAGAGCUUGCCACCAUUAGUGGUUGAUAUUAUAGAGGAAAAGUUUGAUAAGGCCUACUUGCAAUACAUCAGACAGUGGAUGUUCAGUGAUGAGAAACUCAAGUCUAGAUCUGAAUUUGCUGCUUGUGAAAGUCUCGGAUCAACUGAAACACAGCCAGCACCAAGUUUUGUAGCUGCUGGGACACAACAAGAAACACUGAACCCAAUGAAAACAGCAGCUGAGGAGAGUCUGCCCAAAUAUUGGUUAUCUAUGGAGCAAGAUAAUCCUGUCAUGGUGUAUGAAGUAACUCCAGACACUGAGGAAUAUAAUAACCUUGCAUUUCCCUUUCAUGAAACAUUGGAAUUUCCUCAUUAUGACAUUGUUAGGAUCUUACGUAUACAAAAUUUAAUUCUAUGGAAAUACUUUGCUCUAAAACGAAGUGAAAUGGUUCAAGAAAAUGAUGGUCAAGAUGUGACAGAACUACACCUUUUCCAUGGGACUCAUAGAACUUAUGUUGAAGCCAUUGCUAGAAAAGGUUUUGACUGGAGAUUAAGUGGCAAACAUGGCACAGUGUAUGGAUGUGGUUCGUACUUUGCUAAAGAAUCCAGAUAUUCUCAUAGUUAUACAGACAGAGGAGGCAAUGGAGUCAGUGUCAAGUUGUCAGCAAGCUCAAAUGCUCAGAUGAACAACAGGAAUCUACUAAGGCCUUACCCUAACUCUCAAGUCAGCCUUAAUACUUUGAUUCAUAAACAGAUUCGUAGCAUUAUUAUGGGUAAUCCAUCCCCAACUGUUCAGGUAGCCAAUAAGAGCCAAUGCUACUUUCAGAGUCCACCUGUUACUUCUCAGUCUAUUGGUAACAAAGUUCAAAACUAUUCUCAAAAUAUGACAGUCAGCAAUAUUAAAAACAAUUCUGUGAUACAGCCAAGUCAUUUUUCAUCCAUUGCAGGAGUGUCUUAUGGCUCAACCUCCCUAAAUUCUAUCCAGAAUAGACAAGAGGGAAUGACUCCUUUAAAUCUUGUCCAGAAUGCGCUUUAUGGCUUGACCCCACUAAACUCUACUCCAAAUACACAGCAAUGCUUGAGCACAGUAAAUUCUAUCCAGAAUGCACCACAAGGCUUUCGCUCACUAAACCCUAUUCAGAAUGUACAGCAAGGCUUAAGCUCACAAAACCCUAUUCAGAAUGUACAGCAGGGCUUAAGCUCACAAAACCCUAUUCAGAAUGUACAGCAGGGCUUAAGCUCACAAAACCCUAUUCAGAAUGCACCACAAGACUUGAGCUCUAUAAAUGCACAGCAAAGCUUGACCAUGCUAAACCCUAUCCAGUAUGCACAGCAAAGCUUGACCAUGCUAAACCCUAUCCAGUAUGCACAGCAAAGCUUGACCAUGCUAAACCCUAUCCAAAGUACUCAGCAAGACUCUCUAAAUACUAUCCAGAAUACACAGCAAGGUUUUAACUUAAGUCCUGCUCAAAGUACACAACAUAGUUUAACCUUGCCAAACCCUAGACAGAAUAUACAUUUAGCACAAAGACAGCAAAACCCUGGCAAGCUAACACAUCUGGACAUAUCUAACAGAAAUGAAUCUGAAUCUGUGUCGGACCAAAGUUCAUCUCUCUCACUCUCCACUGGCACUUCAGAUCUUGGAUCAGUGUUAAGCAAAAAUGUCAAAGCUGAUACUCAUUCAAUGUUUGUGGCCAGAGUUUUAGUUGGACAUACUGCUAGGGGUUCAGCUGGUUUGAGACGACCACCACCUCUAAGUGAAAACUGUCCUUUAGGAAAAUGUUUUGAUUCCUGUGUUGAUAAUGUCCACUCACCAAAUAUAUAUGUUAUAUUCGAUAGUAACCAAUCUUACCCUGAAUAUCUUAUUGAAUACACUUGUACUAGUAUCUAGCUUCAACAUGUUGUCAAUGUGGGUGGACUCAUUCAGUGUCUACAAUAUGAACAAAAAAUGUUUCUAAUUACCUCAAUAUUUUACACAAGUCACAAGAGAUUAUUUUCACAGCAGAUAUUUCAUUACGAUUGAAGUCAACAUUCAUUGAAAUCUUUUAUAUGUAACUUGCAACACACAUUAGAAAACCUAGAUCUAGUUACUUUGAAGAUAUUUUAAAUUAGUUUGAGAAAAGAACAAUAUGUAGAAUAUGGUACAGUUCAUUUUUUAAAUGUUUUUGUAUUUGUGAUCAACAUGAAUAGAAUAUUACUGCUCUAUUAAAACACUUUUAUUUUUCACUGGGAUUGUAGAAACAUAAAUUUAUGAAACUUUUUGUCCUUUUUGCUUUUUAUUUUAUAUCUUUUAACAAAUUUUCAAAAAACUUUCAAAAAGUAAUGCUUGUAAAGAAUGAGAAGUCAACCUGGUUCAAACAUUAAGAAAAUUAAAAAAAAGAAAGUAUUCAAAAGCUAGAACAGUAUAUAUAUAUUUUUGGACAAGAUAUUAGGACAGGGGUUCUCAACUUGUAGGUCGCGACCCCCCCCUUGGGGGUCAAAUGGCGAUUUUCCAGAGAUAGCCUAAGGCCAUCAAAAAUAUGUUGUUUUUUUUCUAUUUUAGUGCGUCAAACAUGACAUUGUGCAAUGUUUUUCUAUUGGUUUGAAGUAACUUUUUCUUUUUGUCAUUUGAGUAUAUAUGUCGCAGACAACUGAAUUAUGUUUUUAAACAUUUUAAUUGUCAUAGUGUAAAUAUUUUUAUGUUUAAGUUAAUGUAACUUGAAACAAAACGCAAUGUUACUCCACUGUGGAAUUAAAGAUAUUUUUUCUAUGGCAAAGAUUUACCCAUGUCAAGACAUAAUUGAAAAGUACAUUUGCUUUAGUUUUAGAUAGUUUAUACAGUUUUAAAUUACAUUUUUUAAAGGUAAUAUUUUAAUUAUGGAACAUCUGUGUGGUUAUACUUCAAUAGUUAAAGCAGGAUUGAAAAAAGGUGUGUCAUUUGUAACAAAGUUCUAUUAGCCGAAUCUAUAUAGCCGAAAUAACUAGCAUGAUUUUGAUAGAAAGCAGCCAAACUUUGCUGGCAAGAAUACCCAGUAUUUUAGAAGUAAGGUUAGGUAGAUAAAUGAUGGUGUAUUAAAGUAUUUAAAUCUUUUCGAAAAUCUUAGUGCUGUCUGCACAGAUGGUCUCCUAGUAUGCUUUGAUGUCAGUCUUGAUUUCAACGUCUGCUACAGAAUGAGUCACUAAAAGUUAACGGAACUCUGUAUUAUUCAGCAAUGAAGACCCACGAGAAUUAAAGAAUCAAUGAAAAACUUCACUGCAAGAAUUUGUCUGAAAAAAUUCAUUCAAUCCUUCAAAAUAAAACUUCAACUUAAGUAUAGAAAAUAAUCCUUGUUGCAACCUUAUCUGCUCUAUGAGGGAAAAUGUUAUUGAACCUGAUGAGCAGAUAAAAUUAUAAAUUUCUAUGAAAGAAAUUUUUCACAUAUGCUUGCGGAUGAAAUUUCAUACUUUCCAAAUCUACCAGAUAUAAAUUUUUUGCACUUUCCAGAAGACCAUUCACAGUUAAAAUUGAAAAUGUUCUAGAGACAUGAGAACAUUUUUUUUAAACCCAAUAAUAGCUAUGCAGCGAAAAAUGAUUACUCUUCAUUGUCAGUUACACAAAUCUGGAUAAUGUCUUUGCAGUCCUAUUUUUUUUUUGUCUGUGACAUGCCUUCUUAUUACAUUUUCAAUGACAUAAUAUUUGCAAAUCUGGUUUUCCACCCUGUUGUUUAUCUUGUCUGAAUACAGAAGUAGACUUUCAAUCUUGAAAAGACAGCUCCAGAUUAAGCCGAAACAAGAUCAACCUUCUCCCUGAUGUUGGCUUGUUUUCACAAACAUUAAUGUAGCAAUAUAGUUUCCUACUGUGUAAUGGUCCGCCAUACCACGCUUUUCAAAUUGUCUCCUAAGAAUGAGAGUUUGAAUAGAGAAUAGAAACGUAAAUAAAUGUAAAUUCAUUUUGUUUGUAAUUUAAUUAUAAGUAAACAUAUCUUGUAAUUUAUUUAUAUUUAUUUUUAUUUAUUAGAUAAAAUAUACUUCAUAUUAUUUCAUGAUUAAACAAAAAAUUGACAAUGUAGAUCAGAUACUAAAAUUAUUGUAAUGAUUUAGUAUCGUUAUCAAAAGCACAGUUACUUAGGCUUAUGAACAAAAAUAAUUUUAAGGUUGCUGGUUGCCGCAUAGUGCAGAACUGUAAAAGGGACGCGGCGCUAAAAAGGUUAAGAACUGCUGCAUUAGAAUGUGAUCCAAGUUACAGAUGAUGCUUAGCAGUUUUUAUAAUAUGAUGAAAAUGGUUUGGCCAUGCUUGAAUGUAGAUCUAGCUACCGAUAAGUGAUUGCAAUAAUUAACAUCAGUACUUUACUUCUAGGUUUUCUCUUGAUUUUGUUUCAAGAUAUUUUCUUAUGUACAUAAUAAAAGUUUUUCUUUUUGUGAGUAUGUAGAAUAAUAUUUUCCUGCAAAGUUUUUACUGCCAGUGUUUAAUAAAUGAACAGGCACAUCAAAGACAACAUUAAAACAUUGGAUCUAAAAUUUUUUUCAAAAAAUUACUCUCAUGCUUUUUAGUGCAAAUACAUACAUACAAUUUUAGACACCAGUAGUGAUUAUCUUUAUCAUUAUAACCUAUUUGAUACCCUAACAAUAUAACAAAAGAGAUUUAUGGUCAAUCUUUAUCUUUAUUUGUUUAAGAAUAUUGUCAAUGAUAAAAAGCUUUACAAUUUAAAAAAGAAUUGAUUUUUAAAAGGUUGCACUUAAUCUUGGACAGUAUUAAAAAAAAAUGUUCACUCUAAGUGAAGCUAUUGGUUUCAUAUGCUGUCACUGUGAAUCAAAACAAAACAAAAUAGUAUCAAAACAGAAAUUGUGAAAUCAAAUCAGAGAUUUGGGCUGGCCUGAGAGUUACUGACAUUUGAAGAUGGUGGAAUUCAAACUGCUAGGAGUUUUGGAUUUAUAGACAGAUGUGAGUGUUAAUGUUAAUAUAUGCAAUAAUUCUUAUAAAAAAAUAAAAAUAAUCAAGAUGAUUAAAAUUGUUGUAUAGUUUGAUUCAGGGGUGUGGUGGCUGAGUGGUAAAGCAGCUUCCUAACAAGAGGUCUUGGGAUUUGAAUCCUGGUGAAGACAGGGAAUUGAAUUUCUGGAUUUUUAGGGCGUUCCUGACAUUAUUUGGGAAACGCAAAGGUCGUUGGUCAUUGUAUUAGUCACGUAACACCCUUGUUAACAUGGGCCACAGGAACAGAUAACCUUUACAUCAUCUGCCCAAUAGAUUACAAGGUCUAAAAGGGGAACUUAAGUUUUUACUUUCUAUAGUUUGAUUCACUUUUUUAAGUAUACGACUUGCACUUAUUUAUUCCACUGGGAAUGCAACAUCCACAAUAGUAAAGAUACAUUUAGACAUUCAGUCUUUUGUUCUAGAAAUAGGAUAACAUAUAGUUUGUAAGUGCUUGAUGAAGAAUUAAAAAUGGCCUUAAAAAAAAUUAUAAAAUAAUUAUUGCCCUCCCCUUUUCAUUGGAAAACUUUGAAUGAUAAGUAAAUCUUAAUAACAAAAUGUGUAAAAGCCUAAAUACGCAUGUCUUUUUUAUUUUUUUUUUCAGUAGUCAAUUUAUGUUCAGUAGAAUGUUAUUUAUCCAAAUUAAUUUGAAUCAGGGUCAAUAUUAUUAUAAAAUGUCCAAUUCACCAACAAUAUAAAGACAAUUUAUAUUGCAGUAUACAUAAACAUAAAAUUGAAUUGAAAUAUAUAUGGGUAAAAAGCAUUACACGUAGUAGCCUACCAUUAUUAAGAGAAAAAAUUGCUGAUCUUUCGCUGCACAUCAACAAGACCACCACUUAUAUACUUUACAAUAAAAACUAAGUCCGGAUAUAUGAUGCUCUACUGAAUACAUUUAGAGUUUUGUUCAGAAGUAGACUUAUCAAAGACUUGUGUUUUUAUCCUUUAAAAAAUGUACUUUUCAUUUUAAUUACUUUAAAUAAAUAUUGAUAAUAAAUAUGAAUCAUAUGUUGGUUUUAAAAACCUACUGUAUAUAUUGGUAUGAAUAUUUGAUCAUUAAACUGCUUUGGUUUAUGUAAUCAUGUUUUUGUUUAGUUUCUGAUUGAAACCCAACAACUGUACAGUUAGCCUUACUUGAAAUCAAUGCAACUAUUUAUCUUGUACUAUUCCAAGAAUAAAAUGAAAUGUUAUUCAUUGUUUUA